CUUUCUACGAGUUUAUCAAUAAUAGAAUUUUUGUGUAAAAUAAUUUUAAGAAUUUAAUCAAAUUUAUUCAAUAACUUUUAAGUAAUAUAUCCUGUGAUUGUUAAUAAAGUGUAAUUAAUACAAAGUGACAUCGAAAACAUGAAGAAAAAGGUUCUAUUGAUGGGAAAGAGCGGAAGUGGAAAGACAUCGAUGAGAUCGAUAAUAUUUGCUAAUUACAUUGCUCGUGAUACAAGACGAUUAGGCGCAACAAUAGAUGUUGAACAUUCUCAUGUCAGAUUCCUCGGCAAUUUGGUGCUCAAUCUGUGGGAUUGUGGUGGACAAGAGUCAUACAUGGACCAAUAUUUUCAGUCACAGAAGGAGAACAUAUUUAGGAAUGUGGAAGUGCUGAUUUAUGUGUUUGAUGUUGAAUCUAGAGAAUUUGAUAAAGAUAUGCACUACUAUCAGUCAUGCCUAGAAGCUAUCCUCAAUUAUUCGCCAGAUGCUAAAAUCUUUUGUCUAAUUCACAAGAUGGAUCUCAUCGUUGAAGAUCAAAGGGACUCAAUUUUCAAGACACGACAAGAUGAUUUGAAGAAGCUCAGUUUACCAUUGGAAUGUAAAGCUUUUCGUACAUCCAUUUGGGAUGAGACUCUUUAUCGAGCAUGGUCAAGCAUAGUUUAUCAGCUAAUACCGAACGUUAAAGCAAUCGAAAGCUCAUUACAUCAAUUUGCCACCAUUCUUGAUGCUGAUGAAGUACUUCUCUUUGAACGUGCUACAUUCUUAGUCAUCUCACAUUGUCAACUUAAGCAUCACUCGGAUUCACAUCGAUUUGAGAAGGUCUCGAAUAUCAUUAAACAGUUCAAACUCUCAUGCGCAAAACUUGGUGCGAAAUUUCAAUCAAUGGAAGUAAGGAACAGCCGAUUUGCCUCAUUUAUUGACACCUUUACAAGCAACACAUAUAUAAUGGUAGUGCAAUCAGCGGACCCAGACACACCAUCAGAAGCUACACUAGUAAAUAUUAGGAAUGCACGAAAGUACUUUGAGGAAUUGGAGAAUCCUGUUAACAAUUCGUUAUCAUCUUAUUCGAUGAAUUAUAAUUGAUAUCAAAAGAUUUAAUUGUUUCUGUUUUGGAGAUAUUGAUGAUGUCACUUACAGACCAAAUGACUAAUUUAAUCCUUUCCGUUUCUUCCAAAAAAAGCAAAUAAUACGAAAAUCAAACAUGUACAUGUAAAUUGUGACACCAUCUCAAGGAUAUAUGUUAUUUUUUUAUCAGUCAUCAAUAAAUUAGACUUAUAAUUAUACUUUUGUUGCUUUCUACAAUUUUAUAUGCC